UAAAUUAUGAAAUUAUUAAUUAUUAAUAUGGUAUAGCAUAACUCCGUGUGAAUAUUACGGCAUUUUCCACAAAGCACGGAGGAUGAUUAGCCAAGUACUUAGCGCGCUGAGCUCGUGCUGAACAACGAACGACAGGUGUCACAGGCCCUGCUCAUCGUCCAGCACAGCGAGCAAGAUGACUCACAUCCUGCCUCCGCACACUGACCUCAAUCUUGUACCAUCGUCUCUUCAUUCAGCCCUCCAUAUGGACCCAAAUCAACAGCAGCAGCAGCUUCAACAGCCUAAUCAACCCCAUCAGCAACAAGCGCCGACGACCUCCAAGAAGAGAGGACGAAAGGCGGACGCAAACUCUGAUGACGCUGGCUCACCGUCUGAACCAAGACGACUCAGACGCUCCCAUGAGGCUUGCGCACGAUGCAGGAGCAAGAAAAUUAAGUGCGACUCGAAACAUCCGAAAUGUACGGCGUGCGCGACUGCUAGUGUCCCUUGCCAGCAGGAGGACAGACAUAGGCAGACCCUCACUCUCAGAGGUCACACCGAGUUUAUCGAGCGCCAGAUCGCUCAAUGCGAUGCUCUCUUGAAACGUCAUAUCCCUGAUUUCAAUAUUGCCAACCUCGACGAGAUAUGUCGUAGGGAGGGCAUCGAGGUCGACGGUCACCCGGGCCCUGACUUCACUCAGAGUCCACCUUUCCCACCGCAACCAAGUGGCCCUCCUCCCGGUGCGAUUUACGGGCCUCCUUUCGUUCACCCUGGAUACCCCUACGGGGUGCCUAUGCCGCAUGGCUACCCAUCUCAUAUGCCGAUGCCAGGACCUCCUGGCGCUUACGGACCUAUUCAUCCUGGUUUCCCCCCUCCGCAGCAUAUGCAACCCCCUCCCCAGGUACAACAACAGCCUCAGCAGCAGCCGCAUUCGGUACCGCCCCCAGUCACAGCUGCCACAGCCAAUAUUGAAGUUAAAGGCCAAGAUCCGCAGGCUUUGGAUAUGUCAACUACGAGGGCGCUGGCCAAGAGCUUCGGCGUUCACCCUCUGAUCGUGAACGACAGUCACCUGGGUUCUGGUGACAAGGAAGAUCUUGCCGUGGGCUCAAAUGGCUUAUCAUCGGGGCGUGAUCGCGGCAUCACGGAACAGUCGGUGCCCCGUGAUCUUGCAAAAUGGAUCUCCAUCUCUGUGACAACCAGCAAUGCUGGCGGCCCUUCUGCGAUAUCUACCUCCACGUUGACGUUAUGGAUGCCCAAGGAUCGCGCGUUGGCGAACAAGAUCGUUGAUGUUUACUUCAAUCACCUUAAUGUCCAUCGCCCUGUUUUCUUCCGGUCAGACUUCGACCACAAGUUAAACGCACUCUACGACGGGGAGAAUGUCCAACAUGAUCCAGGCUUUAUCUGCUGCAUGUACCUCAUUCUGGCACUCGGGACGUUGAGCGAGUUGAAUCACCAAGGGAGUAUCAUGGAUAAGGACAAAAAGACGCCCAGCGAUAGUCCGAUCAAUACCAAGAAGCUGCUACCUGCUGUAUGGCCUGAGCACGAUGAGUUCUUUGAGCGUGCGCUGGCUGUCAAACCUCACCUGCGUGUCACGAUAUCCAGUCUUCAGGCACUGAUCUUGUUGCAGUGGUAUCUAUAUACUGAGCGACAAGGCCGUUCCCUUUGGCGCUUGGUUGGGAGUCUUGUUCGACUUUCAAUCGAACUUGGUCUGCAUCAUGACCCCACGGCGCAGCCCAACACUUUCACAGAUGAAGAGUGUCAGCUACGCAUCCGGCUCUGGGGCAUCGUAAUGGUGCAUGACCGAGGCACUUCCAUUCUUCUCGGACGUCCGCUUGCCAUUGCUCCCUAUGACUCCAAUACGCCUCGCCCCACACACGGACUCAAGGGCCAGAAUGCUGAUUUCUCUGAGCACUUCCUUCUAUCUCACCCCAUCGCCGAAAUACAGGCUGACAUCAUCAACUCCCUCUAUGCUCCCUCAAGGCAGAGUGCUGACACCAUCAUGCGGCACGCGUCGAGAAUUAUUAAGAGCAUGCUUGAGUUCAGGAGACAGCUUCCCGACAGCUACAAAUGGUACUUUGGAGGAACCGAAGACUGGCCUUUGGAGAGGCGACAGAAGCUGGUCCAGGAUAUCACAGAAGAUCAGGGACUGACGCUGCUCAAAUUUGGCAUAUCAAGGAUUUUACUUCUUCGUGCCUUGUUCAGUCUCAAGGAGCUCGACUACAACCAUCGUUCGAAGGCACUCGUCGAUGCCAUUGUCACGUCGCACAACAUCAUCAUUGUCCACAAUCAGCUCAUUCGCUUCCCUGAUAUCGCCUUCUUCGUUUCUCCAAUUCCUCUCCAUAUCGCAGCAAUGGUCAUCCUCUAUGGUCACAUGUCUCACUGCGAGCGCCUCUCACGCCAGGUGAUGAUCGAAGACGUUUGGAUGGCUCUCGACAUGCUUCCCCGCUUCCGUUGGCGUUGGGAACGAAAGGACUUGAAUGGGGGGCACCCCCUUAUCUCCAAGCUCGCGGAGAAGGUCCUAAACGUCAACCUCCGAACAGUUGGACCCACCAAAGACCCUGUCUUGCUUUCUGAGCUCGACUGGGAGACGGAUUCACCCGGGAUGCUCUCGUCGCCCGCACUGAACCAACAGCAAUUGCGCGUGCACCCCGGGACGCCCACGAUGUCACACGCACCGUACUCAAAUGGCGGUGUCGGGCCCGGCGUGUACGGACCGCUUCCACGUGGCGCUACUGUAAGCACGAAUUCAGUCAAGGGACUUCAGGGGUCAAUGGGUAAUGGUAAUCCGCAGGAGAAACUUGCAGAGGUGCCUACUGGGCUAUUCUACCCAUUCUACCCCGAAAAUCCGAUGAGCGCUGCUCCCGGUACUGUUUCUGGCCCUCACAGCGACGCUGGAACUACCAGCGGAGACGCUGGCCAGGACCCACAGGGUUAUGGUCACCUGUUGGCGGCAGCGGCGCAGCCAAAUGGGACAUACGGGUGCCAACAAUCGUCGGAUUCAUACAUGCUUGAAGAGAUCGUACCCGCUCAUGGUAAUCCGGUGUGGAUGAAUGUCAGUCAGAGGACCAUGUCGUAUGCGCAUCAAGGUUGACUCCAAUCGACUUAUCCAUGUAUGCUGGUUGUCAUUGUUCUUCUUCUUCGCCAUUUCGUAGCAUUUGCACCUUCUUUGGCGCUGAGGACAGUUCCUGCGAGGCUCUCAUUUUGAGAUUCUUAUUCCUUUUUAUGAGCCCAAAAAUGGUUUUUUUGUUCGAAUUUUGCGUUUCUGACCAGUGCUUUUCUUCGUCGUGCUCCUCGUCGUUAUUCUUUUCCUUUCGUAAAGUCCGAAAUCCACCUAGUUUAUGCUCACGUCUGGACAGUAAUAUGUGCGAGUGUACAGUUAUGCGAUGUAGGAUGAUUGAUUUGAUCAUUUCAAUAUAAUGACAU